UCAUCAGCGCCCUGAGGAGAGCCAAUGAACGGAAGGCAGACUUAUUCAGUCUGUUUCCUCAGCGUUUGCCUAGGCUCUCUGCACAGGAAGCCUAGUGCUCUGAGAAGUCAGAAGGAGGAACCUCUCCAGCUUUGAGGAGCCAGUCGAUCAGGAACACGCAGCGCUAGAGGAAAGGAGUGAGAAAGGGGGAGAGAAAACACUGACAUUGGCUGCUGAGGAUGCACUGGCAGGCAAGAAACACUCCCCAUGACCACAGCUAGGCUGGAGGUGGGCCAUGAAAGCAGGAGCCGACAUGAAUAUUGCUGGGAAGACUGUGUGUGUUUUUGUGCUGCUCACCAUCACCAAGAUCACAAGAACAGUAGGGAACAAAAGAGUGUCAGUGACGGUAGGUCACAGCUCUGUGCUCACCUGCCCUACCAAAUCAAAUAGAACUAUGGUAACAUGGAAAAUCAGCCCCAGGGUUGGAGGCCCCUGCACCUUGGGAUACAGGAGCGAUCAGAACAAGACAGACAGAACCAAUUGCAGCGACAGCAUGAACUGGAAGUUCAGACCAGAUCAGGACCCUGCCCUUGAGAUACAACAAGUGGGAAUAGCCCACGAGGGAAAUUACAUCUGUGAAGUAGUAUCAACAGAAGGGAAUUUCCAUGAGACACACCACCUGACCGUGCUGGUCCCCCCCACGCUGACCCUGUACUGCGAUAACCAUGGGAGCCCUGUGUGCGAGGCAGUGGCAGGGAGGCCAGCUGCUCGGAUCUCCUGGGUCCUGGAGAGCAGCUUUACCCCCAGGGAAGAAGGCCAUGACAACGGGACAGUGACUGUGGUCAGCAAGUUCACAGCACAUGGCAGCAAUGUGACUAACGCAACCUGCUUCAUGUCCCACCCAGCUGGGAACCAGAGCAACUCCAUAGCCUGUCGUCCCUCAGAGACCAGCUUUAUCCUGCAUGCCUCCAUUUUUCUUUGUUUCCUGAGUGUUUUAACCUUCAUGGCUGUCAUUUACUAUUUUAAGCUCCGUGGCAACAGACCAUGCUACAAAACCAAACCUUCUGAAACUGCCCAAAACAGGCAAACACCACAGUUAAGGAGGACAAUACAAAUUAGACCAUCAACGAAUCAUGGAUCUUCUGGUAGCCCUGAAAACAUGGAUGACACAAUGGAAGUGGAACCUUAUACUAUUUAUGUGCAGAAGGAAAACGUAAUUUACAACUCAGUGUCUGAUCUGACAGUGGGGAAGAAUCUGCCACAAGGACUGUCGCCAGCAACAUGAAUGAUUCACCAACACUGGAAAGGGAGAGAGACACUUUAUAAAAGACCGGUUAUAGAAAGAAACUUCUCAGAGGAUUUCUUUGGGUUUUGGGGCAGCAUAGCUCGCUAGGUCUGUUCAGACACCCGUGCUUGCUGAGGGGUCUGUAUAGUUCUUUUUCCCUGCUCAGGAAAGGAAACAGGUUUCCUGUUACUCCUUGGGAAAAUGUGACCGACUCCAUGCCAUGAUUUUUCCUGGAAAAUCUGUUGUCAUCCUCCCUUUGCUGUUCUUGCCUUGGAGAUCCUAGGUUUACCAGUCACUUCUAGGCAUUACUUUGAUGCACUUGACACUAUGUUGCAGACAUUUGAGAGACUGGAGUAGUGUUAUGCCUGAACUAAAAUGAAACAGUCUCCGAUCAACAGCCACUUCUUUUUAGUUCAUGAAUUACUAACACAGUGGCCUGGGUACUGAUCAUCACAGAAUAGCUCAAAUGGUGGAAGAUAUUGGUAGGGAAGAUUUUUAAUUCCCCCAGUUCUGAAAAUGGAAAGGAGUGAUGAAUUUAGAAAGUCAUCCACUAAGAAAGAGAAUUCACUAGCAUCAUUAAUUUACUUGUUAGGUUCAUAUUCGGUAUUUCCACUAAAUGUGUUCAUUCUGUAUCGCAAGUUGUUGUUAUGAUUAUUUUUCCAUAAGAUUCUCUCACGAUAUGGUAUUGCUCUCUUCUGUAAGGGUAUUGGCAUUAAGAUACUGUAAAAUAAUUAUGUUACUCAAAUCCGGUAACUCAAAUCUGUUUUUUAACAGAAACAAACAUCAAAUAUUUCAUAAACUAAGAUGGGUUCAAAGAUAUCUGCUAUAACUGUGCAAUAAUGUAGAAAAAGAUAAAAUGCUUACUAAUUCUAGUCAUAUUUAUUUUAGCUACCACAAUUGAAGUUUCUUUUAAUUCAUAUUUCUAGGUGUUUUAUUGAUCAUCUUUUGAAUAUAUUUGCAAGUUCACUUUUUUGUAUGUAAAUUAGUUCAUGUAUCUUAAUGUGUCUCACAUUGAGGUGACUUCUCACAUUCCAAAAAUAUCAUUUGGGAGUAAGUCAAAUAAAUUGUUCUCUAUAUACUACCAGUUCUUAAACUUUUUGGAUUGUUGCAUUACUAGCUAAAGUCUAAACAGGCGUUAUUGUAAAAGUAAAGAAAUCCAUUUGUAAUUCUCUGUUUACUACCUCUUAUUUGAGUAUUUUAAAAGACUGACCAGGUAUUUGAUCUGAUAGUAGGAUCAGAAGAAACAGAUUUUUCCUCUAGACAGUAGAAGAGUCUUUGCCACACAUUGCUAGAGCUUUCUUUUGAGACACCCUCCCAAGAACUAUAACUGAGUGCUUGGAAAACAGACUUCUAAAUUAAUUGCAGUUCCUAAAUGUAUUACUCAUGUAAACUGAUACAUACUGGUUAUUUAUUCUCACUCUAGCAACUUUUGUCCAGGUGCUCUCAGCAUGCAAGUAUUGCUUUUCGCCAUUUCUGUAUGUCAUGUUAGAAUAGAAGGGAUCAAAGAUGAAUAUCAAUCAACUACAAACAAGUUUAAAGGAACCUCAGUUUCCAGUGACUUACCAAGGAAGAGAGUCAGUCAACUUAGUCAUAAUCCCCUAAAAUUCACCACUUAAAAUAGGUGUAACAGCGUCCAAUGUCCUUUCUCCCACCCAAAACCAGAGUGCCAUCAGUUCUUAGACUUUUUUCUGUGACUAGAAAGUCAUUUAUGUUGUUCAGUGACCAUAAAGUGGGGUUCAUCCUAUGAGACAGCAGCUCUUGAAAGUAGAUUCUUGAUAGUUUAUAUGUAAUAUGUUACAUUUACAGAAGCAUACUAUCUCCUAACCUGCCGUGUAGGUGUAGCGUUUUAUACUCCUUUGCAGACCUAUUACCUUGUGCUAGAUCAGGUGUUUCAGAGCUGGAUGUUGCUAACUUGCUAACUGGUUGAUUAUUUCCUGUCCUCUAAUUUGUUCCACAUUCAGGCCUGCUAUGGGCAGAAAACAAGAUUUUGGUUUGUGACUGGGAUAAAUAUGAGUUGAGUCUUAUGUAUACACACAUAUACUAUAAGUUCUUUGUGCCUAGCAGUACAGAAGGUCUAGAGGAGAAAGUCCCUUCCUGCACUUUUCUUUCUCUAUCAGUGUACUUGCUACUUCUCUUUGCAACGUGCUGCUAUUGUACUGCAGUCACCCUCCACACAAAAGUGCUGUGUUGACUGUCUCUUAGCAGUCAGGCAAGUCUGCCCUAUAAAUUCCCCAGCAUGUUGCAAAGUCACAGGAAGAAAGUCUGCAGCUUUUUAGCUCCUCCCAUAAAGAAAGGUUUUGUCUUUAACCACAUCUACCAGUGCUAUCUCUUGCUGAAACAUUUAAUUUUGUUAAAUUUGUGUCUCCCACCUUUGCUGAUAUAUUUUAUCUUCAGACACGCAUUCCAGUCUCUUGACAAUUUGCAGAUGCCAUUCCAGCUCUAAUUGGGCAGUUGUAAACAUGAUUAUCUUAUGACUAUAGAGUCCCGAGCACCAAGCUCACAUCAAGACAGCAGGUUCUGUGCUAUUGUCCAUCCGCAGAGCAGCUGCUCAUUGAAGUGCAACAGGCCUUCUCCAGACUAAGAUGGCACCGGCAGUGCUAAAAAAUGCAUUCAUUGCAAAUCCUGAGAGUGAACUUAGCUUCUGUACAAACAUCAGUUCUUGGGCCUUCUUCACCAGAAAUUAUUUCAUGGGAACAAAGUCAAGCCCUUCAUCACUCAUUACAGCAACAUGUAAGAUUUCGUCAGAUUGCAAAUUGUAGCAGAAAGGUCAUUGUAUCAUCACUUACCUGCUUCAAAUGCUUUCCUAACAACAGAAUCCAUUAAAAGUGGUGUUUCAGAUAUUACCCUGUCUCUGCAUCCCAGUAAGUUUUAGGAGUUACAACUACAUUCUCCUGCCAGUAUCACCUACUCAUAUUUGUAGUUUACUACUUAUCCUGCUGUGCACUGUAGCUGUCCACUGAACCCUUCUGGUUCAGCGUGUAACUGCUCUGUAGUUCUGCCCAGCUUACUUCCAAUUGUGAAUUAAAAUGACUACAGUAGCUUCUACUUUCAUCUUAUUGGCAACAGAAAUUAGAGCUGGAUGACUUUCACAUGAGCAUUGACAUAGUCACCUAGCUCUAGAUGUAGAAAGGACUUCCUCAUGAAAAAAUAAUUUCCUCAUGCAAAUCUAGAGUAUAAGUGCAUUGGCAAGGGAAUGCUAAAGAAAUGUU